AUGUCCCUUCUGCAGAGUGAAGAUUUCACAAUCUGGCAGCUGCGAACGUCAUACCUCUCCUCGAUCAAAGACGGCAUUGGCGACCGUCUUAUCAACGUCAACAACUCAAUACUAAACACUCCCGGCUUUCGCGCCGCUGGCUGGGUGCCUACAUCCGCGAACGCAACCACAACAACCCAAGAAAGUGGCUCUCUCAUCAAACGGACAUAUUCGCCUCCCAUCCCUACUACGGCGAACGUCGCAUCCGAGUACUAUCGAUUCGCGAGACAUACGGAGUUGAACGAUGGGGAUGGCUUGAGCAUCGACGAUGCAGAGGAAGAUGAAGGUGGGAUGGUGACUGGGGGUGGGGGUGGGAGUACGUAUGCACUCGGGAUUAAACAUCAUGGCAAAUCUGCGCGGAAGAAUAGACGACGUGAUCGCCAUGUUCCCGUUAUUCAGAGAGUGGGGGAAGGUGAGGAUGAAGAUAGUAGCGAUUUGAGUGAUGACAGUGAUGAUGAAGGUGAUUUUACAAGAGCGGCACAACAAAUCAAAUUCUCGAAAAUGCCUGUGCGGAAUAGGGCAGGAUCCCUACCAAUGGAAAGUGAAGAGGUGCAACCUACAGGCUCCGAUGCAAAUUUGGGCCCGGGAUAUAGACGGAGUUCAAUGGGAGCAGUUGAAGUAGCCCAAGGACGACCGCGUGGUGAUACCGUGACGAGCAGUGAUAUGUCAGAAGGCGAUAAUCCUGCUCUAUUCAGACGGCGACAGAUUCAAUUCUCCGCUCAGCACCAGGUUAUAGAAGAACCAGCAGACGACGGCCAAGCAAAUAGCGAAGCGCGUUCCGGGGAUAUUGGUGAUCAAGAUGAGGACAGUGUGGCGGGCUCUGUAGAUUCAGAUCUGUCGUCGGAUUUUGGUGUCACCGCAGGAUCAGCGUCUCUUCUUGCUGGUGCUCCCUUGAAUGACACCCUGAAUUCAUCACUGGCGAUGAUGCACAAGCUAGCAAAUGCAAGCUCGCAAGGCACAUCGCCUAGGAAGACAAAGGUGACCACCCCUGGUUUGCAAGAAUUGCCUCCUCCACGACCCAUUAGCACUUUACAGCCUGUCAGUCUUUUGUCGAAAGAACUAAAUGCGAAGAAAGCUAUACCAACCAACCCGGUCGAGAGAUUUGGGCCUCUGUGGGCCGCAGAUUCCAAUACGGCUUUGAAUAUCAAGAUCUAUGCGCCCUUUUCCGAAGACCCUGAAACUCCAUACAACAUGCCCAUAUUCCGAGACUCUCGCGAUCAAGGUCGUACCGGUCCGGUGACAGUCACAGAAGCCAUUGGUCUAGCGUUGUGGAGGUAUCUGAAAGAGGGCUUAAAGCCCGCCAUUGACCCCAAUAAACUGAAUGUCAAUCGAUGGACAUUGCGAAUGGUCGAAGACGGUGAAGUUGACUUUGAUUUCCCAGCUCUGGGUCGUCACCUACCCUUGGCCGAUUUUACUUCCAACAAUAACCGGGCAGCCGGAAUGCGUGGCCGUUCAAGAGGGAAACAAUACGACGAAUUUGCUUUAGUUGAAGCUACUGAUGCGGAGUUUGAAGAAUAUUCUCGACUGUACCCCAAGUUUAACCCAGAGCCUGUUGUCGAGACCAGUGAAGCGACAUCACAGACCCUUGGCACUGCUACGCCACAAACUAAACCCAUGCCUUCGGCGGUGAGGUUAAAUCCUAUUCUUGGGCAACCAUUUUCCUCCGCACUGAAUGGCACUACUUUGAAACCGGCGGAUAUGCCCGCACCCACGUCUCAUGCCACGCCUCGUCUGGGUGUUCAAAAGACAUUAAAGGUCCGGUUCAUCAACAUUGAAGGGUCGACACAGACCACGACGGUGAACACAGCUACGGAUAGUUACAUUGCCGAGAUUCUUGAUUCAGUCUGCAAGCGUUGGGGGCUAGAUAAGGGCAACUAUCUACUCAAAAUCCCAGGCACCAACACCGUUGCGCCUCUAGAUCGUACCGUCGAAGUCAUAGGUAACGUGUCCGAAUUAGAUGUUGUCCGUCGGCGCUUUGGAGCCGGAGCCUCUUUCGCAGGUUCCCCUGGCAGCGCUUCGCCCAACGCGCCCCUUCAGAUCGGCGGCACGAACGCUGCAGCUUCAAAGAAAGGUAAAAAACACCAGAUGUUACAUCCGCUUGCGCAACCCCAGAAGCAAGAUUUGGUUGGUGGUUAUUAUCGUCGAUACUAUGUAUAUCGCAAGCAAUCCAUGUCGUUUACAGCUUCAAAUCAGAGAGUUCUGGUCCUUGACAAUGACUACCUGCAUGUCAUGCCGGGGGAGACUGCGAAGGGAGUGUUUGACGCUACGGGAAAGACGCGAUCGAUCAAUUUCAAUGAUAUUAUCGGAACCAAAGUCAGCCGAAGGCAUCCGAAGAGUUUUCAGGUGGUUGUUCUUCGAGGAACGGAUGCACAUGAGCAGAAGCGAUAUGACUUUGAGGCUCGCAACGAGGCCGAGGCAGCGGAGAUUGUGGGUGAGAUCAAGAAGAAUAUGGAGCAGUAUCGAGUAUGGUAG